AUGUCCGUCUCUACCCAGCUCACCACCAUCUCCCCCAUCACCAACCGCCCCAUUUUCCACCGCACCGGCGCAUCCCCGGAGGAUGUCGUGCGCAUCGCCGAGACCGCCCAGAAGGCCUUCAAGUCCUUCUCCCAGUCCACCACCCUCAAGCAGCGCCAAAAUAUCGUCACGCGGGCGCUGAACAACCUCGAGAAGAUCAAGGAUGAGCUGGCCAUCGAGAUCACCGAGCAAAUGGGCCGGCCCAUUGCCUACACCGGGAUCGAGGUCGCGACCGCCAUCAAGCGUAGCCACUACCUUACUAGCAUCAGCGACUCCGUCCUCGGCGAGGCGGGCACGGUGCCCGGAGAGGCAGAGAAGGGCUUCAAGCGCUUUGUCAAGCGCAAGCCCGUCGGUGUCGUCUUCAUCAUGUUUGCCUGGAACUACCCCUACCUUGUCCUCGUCAACAGCCUCAUACCCGCCAUCCUCGCCGGCAACGCCGUCAUCCUGAAGCCCUCCCCCCAGACCCCCACCAUAGCCGAACAAGUCGCCGGCGCCUUCCACGACGCGGGUCUCCCCCGCGACACCCUGCAAUACAUCCACUCGGGCUCGCCCACCCUCCUCGAAAGCCUCAUCCAGACCCCAAUGGUCAACCACAUCUGCUUCACCGGCUCCGUGGAGGGCGGACUAGCCGUGCAGAAAGUCGCCGCGCACCGCAUCGUCAACAUCGGGCUGGAGCUGGGCGGCAAGGACCCGGCGUACGUCCGCGACGACGUGGACGUCGCCUGGGCGGCGGAAGAGAUCGUCGACGGCGCGAUCUUCAACAGCGGCCAGAGCUGCUGCGCCAUCGAACGGGUCUACGUGCACGCGAAGAUCUACGACCAGUUCGUCGCGGAGGUCAAGCGCGUCCUGAGCACUUACCGCGUCGGCGAUCCGUUCGACCACAAGACGCAGAUCGGGCCGGUGAUCUCCAGCCGCGCGAAGGAGGACAUCGAGACGCAUAUUGCGGAUGCGGUCGAGAAGGGCGCCGUGGAUGAGACGCCCGCCAACGAGACCUUCGAUAACCUCCCGGGGGGAGGGAACUAUGUCAAACCUACCUUGCUGACAGGGUGCAACCACAAGAUGCUCGUCAUGACGCAGGAGACUUUCGGCCCGGUCAUCCCGGUGAUGAAGGUCGAGAGUGACGACGAGGCGAUCCAGCUGAUGAAUGAUAGUGAGUUCGGGCUGACGGCCAGCGUGUGGUCGAAGGAUGUCGCGGCCGCGGAGGAGUUGAUCGAACGCGUCGAGGCCGGGACGGUGUUCAUCAAUCGGUCGGAUUAUCCUAGUCCGGACCUGGCCUGGACGGGCUGGAAGAACUCCGGGCGCGGCGUGACCCUCAGCCGAUUCGGGUUCGAGCAGUUCGUCAAGCUGAAGAGCUACCACAUCAAGGAUUACCCGAAAUAA